AUGUCCUGCUGUUUGUCGGCGAAGUCUCCAACGGCUUUAGAGCUGUAUGCCAAGUCGCUGCUGAAGGACACCGGAGUUCCCAUGCUCUUCCCGAUGUACACAGUUAGUGUCGACUUGCUGCUGAAGAUGACGAAGGUGGAGCCACACGAGGAUCUGAAGGCCAAUGGCUCGCUGACCAUUUUCGAUGACAGUACGUCAGGGAAGGCCGCUUUGGUGUCGCACCAGUGGGUCGGCCAAGGCCACCCGGACCCGGGGUUCAGACAGAUGAGCGUCUUGCAGGAUUGUCUCAGGCUCCUGCUGAGCGGCAGCGGCCAGGUGUCCGCCGACCUGGUGACAGAAGUUUACGUGCCUAAUGCCAAGCCGAUCCCAUUCAAAGACUUCCAGUCCGCUCUGUACAUUUGGUACGACUACUUCUCCAUACCGCAGAAGGAGGAGCGGUCUGCCUACGCGUCUGACCAGAGCGACGGUAGCAACCAAGGCAAGGCCAUCAACAGUAUUCCAGCGUAUGUGCACCGGUGUACAUUCUUCAUGGCUCUGUGCCCGGUGGUCGAUUCGCACUCCAAGGUCUUUAGCACAACGACAUGGGCUCAGCGCGGUUGGUGUCGGGUCGAGAAAGCAGCCCGUGAGCUCUCUCAGCACUCUACCUGGAUCCUAAUCCAAGGCAGUGGGGCUAUGGAAGUCAUGGGCACCAUCAUGGCAUUUCCCACAGGACCCGUGGGAGAGGGUGACUUCACGAUGGAGGAAGACCGCAUGAAGUUGGCGCCAGUCAUGCGGAACAUCGUCCUUCAGAAGCUGAGGCAUUGUUUGCGAUCGGGAGAUUUCGCCGGGUUUCGGCUCCAUCUAAACCUGCAGAGCGUGCACCUCCGCGGGCUGGAGAUCGAGCCUGUGGAAGGCGUCCUCCCCGACAUCCAUGCCGAAGGUGAUGCUCCAGAUGCGGUGGUGCGCUUCCUCCACCAGAACGGCUUCAGAUAUUCCACGAGGCCCGAUCGCGCGGGAUUGCGGCCGCUGCACUAUGCAGCACUAUCUGGAAACAGCAUGGUGAUUAAAGGCCUCCUGCAGCAACGGGCCAGUGUGAACGGCAGGACUUCCAAGGACCAGCCGAGCCUUGGCUUUCCAAAAGGGGUAUCGGCCUUAGACCUAGCGAUUUACUACAAGCAUAACGAUGCAGCCAAGCUGCUCAUCGAGCAGAAGGCUCAGCUGGUGGGAGGCAUCCUGUCUACGGUUGCCUUGGCGGCCGUGUCCGACAACGCGGAGGGCAUCCGCUUGAUUUGCGCAGCGGGUGGCGACCCCCGGCUCCUGGACUUGGUGGGGACCUUGCCCUACCAGAGCGCCACCGCCUACCUCGCUCUCGCCGCCUUCGAGGAGCUGGUGGCUCAAGCCCCGCCAAGCUCAGGGGAUCUUGGUGCAGCACUCUGGGGCGCCGCUGCUGGUCGGGGCGGCUCGGCAGAGAUGGUUGAGCGCCUCCUGGGUCUCCGGGCCGAUGUCAACUUUCAGUACGACGUGGGCAACAUGAGCCGCAUCGGCCAGCUGGUCGUUGCGGUGAAUGGUGCGCGGUACCGCUUCGGGACUAUCACCUCCUUGACAGGGCUUACGUACCACCAGCACGGCACCACGCCGCUGAUGCAGGCCAUCAGGUCGGGUCAGUACGAGGCAGCGGCAGCGCUCAUCGCAGCGGGUGCCAAGCUGGAGAUCCAGAAUCACCGGGGCUGGACUGCCGCAGACUUCGGGAAGCACACCUCCCUCCCGCACUUUCUGCAGCAAGGCUUAGCCGGGGAUCAAUCGGAGUGCAAGCGCGUAUCCGCACUGGCACUGAAGGAUGGCUUGAUCCAGGUGGCCUUUUAA